AUUCCCGAACAAGUAUUCGAACGAAGAUGUUGUUCCAGUUACUGCUGCUUUCGUUUUCUUUCUUCCGACCGUCACAGACGGAAGCCAUUCUCGCACCACCACCACUCUCAUGCAAAAAUUCACGAUCGACAAUCUGCACACUGCAGGAUGUAAUUUUCGUGGACUACCGUGUCCCGAAACUGCCGAACCUUGCGGGGAAGCAUACCUUACAAAUCCGAAGCGGAAACAUCACACGGUUUUCAAACGAUCUUUCCGCCGCACUGGGUGAUAUUACCAAGUUGCUGUUAGGUCAUCUGGAGAUCAAGUCGCUUUGGAUAAAAUCGAACAUUAUUCACUUAAGUGCCGAAGGAAAUCUCAUUCAACAUGUGAUUGUGGAUUCAUCUGAAGAACCCAAACUAUAUAAAUUAAAACAUCUUAACUUAAUGAAUAACAGAUUGAAUACUUUGCAAGAUCUGAAGCAUUUAACCCUUCUGGAGGAACUACGUUUGGAUGGAAAUCAGUUGGAAUUUGUUGAAAUGAGCACCUUCGCCUUGAUGAACAACCUUAGGAAGCUGUCCCUGAGCAGGAACAAAAUCAGCAAAAUCAGCACUUCGGACAAAUUGCAAUUACCGGCAUUGGACUCGCUUUCCUUCGGCAGUAACAAUCUAACUACGCUCAGCGUCACGAACUGGGAAAUGUCCCAACUAACCGAGCUAGUACUCAGCAACAAUCAGUUGGUCAGUGUGGAUGUGGAAAAUUUUACCCAGUUUGUUAGUUUGGAGAAACUUGCCCUUGCUGGGAACUCGUGGAACUGUUUCUGGCUGAGAAGUGCACUGGAAAAGAUCGACCAAAAGUUUAUCACGCUGGUGGAUAAGGACGGGGAAUGCCCUGAUGCUAUGCCAAUCGAGGACAUCUGUUGUAGCAUUAGCGAUGUCUCCGUUGACCAACCGAGCUUCGCCGAUUUGGUGGUCAGAAUACAAUUGUUAGAGGAAGCCCAUGAACAAAUGGAUAAGAACUUAACGAAACGGUUGGAGCUGGUUGCGGGAAACUGGAAUACUGAGUUGAGAGAAGUGGAAAGGGUUGUAGACGAAAAAAAAGAACGCUGGUCACAGCUUUCCGAUUCCAAUGAGGAUGAUAUGGUAACCGAGGAUGAUAAGGUCGAAUUGGAGGAAAUGCUAGCCAAAGUCCACGGUACAAUGAAUGAAUUGCGUGAACUUGGCAAGAAGCAUGCCAAAUUUGCACAUGAAUUCGCUAAUUUGUUUUAUCGGGUGAUGGAACAAAAGAAUAAACUUACUGCGGACAUGAAAACCAUUCAAAAUCUGAAGGACGAAAUGGAGCGUUAUCAGAUAAGCUUUGAUGGUAAUUAAAGCUGGUAUUGAUAGAUCGACCCAAUAAAAAAUAGAAAUACAUUAAGUUUGAUUUUUGUGUUUCGAAUUCAACGAAAUAAAUGAUGUAUUUAAACAUGUGUCAACGUCUAACUAGACACCCAGUUGGUGCUAGUUACUGACGAGAUGAAUUCGAAACACAAAAAUCAAACUUAAUUCCAGUUAGGUCUUGUACCCUUACUGCGCAUAUUGGUUUAAUCCAAUUUCCCCCUUUGUGAAUUAAUAUUGCAUAGAAAUAUGUACAUGUUUUUAAAAAAAUAUAUAUCUGCUCUUAUUUACUAUUUCAAUACAAACUAUUUGCAUUCCUUCUUUCGAAAACCAUUUUAGAAAAAUUUCUGGAAAGGCGCCGCAAGUUUUCUAGAAACGAUAUAACACCAAUGUGCAUAUUUGAUUAAAUAUUGUUUAAUGGCUUG